CUCCAGGGCCCCAGCCAUGGCCAGCUGUAACCUUCUUGUUCUGUUGCAGGGGUUGCCCUCACCUUUGGGCUAGUUAGCAGCCUUAGAGAUGCCUCCAGGUCUGUUGCAAGGGCGCAGUUGAUGUUGGGGUGAAUGGUGGUUUGUGAGAACUGGAAGGAGGAGGGGGCUGUGUUGCCAGAGGAGAAGCGGACCUGGCUUGCUUCCCUGGGGUGGGGGUGAAGCUGAAUGACUCCAGCUCUGCCCAGGGCCGCGCUGCUUUGCGGCGUAUCGACACGAAACGACAGUCCCGGUUCGGGAAAGGUGUCUCACAGUUCCGUGAGCAGCCGAGAGCAGUGUUGUGUGGCGUAGGCUGUUGCGUUGGUGCUGGUGACACACUGAAGGUCUGGGGGCAGAGUUGUCACAUGUUUGACGGUUCUGUGGCACAUGAGCCCUCAAGAAGCUGGAGGACUGUUGAGGUUCUUAGAGGCUAACCUGAAGUCCAUUUCAGGUUCUGGUUUAUAGUGUAAACCGUGUGGCAGGUGUUGGGGUUGCAGCCCUGGUUUUCCUAGUGUUGCUGAAGCAGAGUAGGGGAGAAGAGUGACGGUCACGCUGUUUUCUGGACACCUGUUUCUUACACCUGCUGUGCUGCCUUACACUUGAGACUUUGAUUAAAUCUAUUCUCUACAUAUUUGCCUUGAGGCAUCGGAGCCGUAGUACUCCUUAUUCUGUGCGUUUUCCGUGUGUGGGUAAGCUGGAGGGUCAUGGUUUUGGUAAGUAUGGGCCUAAGGUGCAUGGUGAUUAGGUAAAACUAAUUUGCAGUUUUUCUGUUAUGUUUUUUUGUUUGUUUGUUUGUUUUUGUUUUUAAUGUCUGAUGCCUUUUAAAAGUUUUGAUCUCUUUUCUGGAGCAGAGAACACUACUUUUCUGGUAUUGGGUUUCUUAUUCAUUGACCAACUAACAUACUUUUGUAUAAAUUUUAAGUAAGAGGGACCAUGUAACUGAAUAUCAUGUCACUGACCAAAAUGGCAAACGUUUUCAUAGGACCAGCUUCCCCCAAGAAGAGCUUCUGUCAUUGUUUCACUACAGGGCUGGUGGCUGCUCUGAUCUUUGGAAGAAUUCUUGCAGCUGGGUAGCACGGUAUACAGGCUUCCUUGAUUCCAUUCGGCCAACGCAAGAAUUUAAUUGGCUCCUCCCACCUCCCCCCCCCCCCCCCAAAAUUCCAUAGAUUGUUGGGACUUUAAUUUUUUACUUGGGAAAAAAAGUUUCUUAUGCUUGUUCAGCUUGGGGGGCCUUACAGUCACUCACUUGAGCAUCUGCAUAUUCCUUUAUCUCUCUUUUAAGGCACAGCGCACUGGAAUACUAAUCUCUAGUAAACUCUUCUAGAUGCCAGGGAAAGCUGAGAGCCUUCCUUUAAUAGGAAGACAGCAGCACGCUUUUCCUUUUCUCCACCCUCUUGAGGAAGAGCACCUUAAGGCCUGUGUUACUUUGGGAGAUUUUCCCCUAGAACAAUCAAGAAAGCAAUGGUCCCAUCCACAGUGUCUCUAAUUAAUAAAAAAAGAUUUCAAAUUGUAAGCAAUGAAAACUUCUUUUUUGGAGCUCUAAUUCUGACAAGUUUCUUUUUAAUUGGAAAUUUGAAGGAUCGGGUUUGAGAUUAGUAUUAGCAAUGAGCAUACCUUCCAUCUGUGGAUUUAAAUCCUCUGGAAGAACAUCCAUUUUAGAUUUUUGCACAUUUUCUAAUACGGCGAGGCUUUCAAACUGGCUUAGUCUGUUCUUACAGAAAUCUACGUAAGAUCUGACUCCCCAGAUACCAUAUAUUUUUUUUACUCUCCCCUCAGGUCUCACUGAACCUUGGUAGCCAUAUGCAGAGCAAAUAAAACACAAUCAAGUGACUGUGUUUUGUUUUGUUUUUUAACUGCUGGCCAGCUGGGGCUGGACAUUAAUGAUCAAGACGAUCUAAGGUUUCAGUGAUGCCAGUGGACCAGUGCUCUGCACACGGUGUCCAAGGGUCACCAUAGUGUUAAUGGAGAGCCAGAAUCCCUAAGGGUAUGGUCCUGACCUACGAUGAGUGACCAAAUUGCUAAACUUGCAGAGGUGAUUUGUGGCCUUCUUGGAUUAAAACAGUUUUAAAAGACCAGGCCUGACCUAUGAUUUGUGUGUAAAGAAUUAGCAUCCGCCCUGUAGAUCUGCAAGAGACGGCUCCCUCCUGCAGUGCUAUCUCUUGGUGAAUGCUAACUCUGCUCACGGGCCUUUUGGGGAAAGGACAGUGAAAAGCCUCUAGAGAGGUAAGUUUCCCACCCUUCCAACCUCUCUCCAGCUGCAGCUUGCUUGAUGCUGUCAGGAUCUGGAUUUGGGGGGAGUGUCUCUGUAGUGGAACCAGUGACAGAAGCUGUUCUUUAGAAUUUUCAGGAUGGCUGUAUUCUGCGGUCAGAAUGAGAGAGUCAAGCUGGGCAGAAUCUCUCGCCAAGAGUUCAGGUAAGGUAAUGUUUAUUCACUGGGAAUGCUUUCCACAGCCAGACAACUAUGCUGACAGUCUCAAGUUUUCUCCCAGUUUGUUUAAAUUUAAAUGAUUAAUUUGUAACCUUUUAAAACGAAAUUUUGGUUAGAUUUUUCAUGAAAACCUUUUUUUUUUCUUUGUUCCAUACAAAAUGGUUUGAAAUGUAAUUGUUUUUUAAAAAACCCCUAUGUGUUGGAAAUUCUUUAAUCUGCUGUUUCCUCUUUUCCCUCCCCUUUGAAAGUUUUGCAUAGUGUAAGCAUUCAUUUUGUCUUUCACCUUCCCUCUGCUCCUCCUCUCUGGGAGGUACUAAUGCUAUUACCUGGUGCUGAAAAAUGGCACAAUAAAGGUAUGGGAAGGAAGGAACCCCAAACUACAACCUGCUGUCCUUUCACGCCUUCCUUUGGAGACUGCUCCGUCAGUGCCGAGGUGUGUGAGAAAAUGCUUUACUGCACCGCCAUCUUACUGAGUUGCUUCACGUGAGGAAAAUGGGGUUUUGACCCUGCCACUCAGUGACUCAGUUCCACAUUUUGGAUUGCAUACUGGAAAAGAAGCCAAUCUUCUUGCUAGUAAACCAACAACCCAGCUGUAUGCAGUGGUGACCCAAGCAAUGGAUAUAAAACCUAAAAAUCUGAGGGAGGGGAGAGGUGGGAUACAAUAGUUCUUGGAAUCUGAAAUCUCCUAUUUAUUUGAUCAGGUUAUUUACUGAGACUUGACAUAAAUCUGAUUGGUGGGAAUCUCUUAGGAUCUAGUCGACAUCUGAUAUUAAUUUCCUCUCAGGAAAAGCAAGAAAUACCGAUUUACCCAGAGAGAGUCUGGGUUCUGGAAUUCAGCAUUAGCUGCUUCAGGACAGUUGCUUCUGGCCUCCAUUUUUAUCUGUCAUUCAAGCGCUGGUCUCCAGCUAUAGUACCCUUUGCUAUAAGGAUCGGUGUAGAUGGGUGAAUGGGUUUCUCCUUAAUUUUAUUUUCUUCCUUCGGGGAGGGGGAUUGAUUUGGCUUUCUUUUGUUGUGGUUUGUUUUGUUUCAUUUUUGGCAAGAUCAACUUUAGCUGCAAGGACUCGAAAAGACUCUGAAGGAUGCCACCCAUUUUUCCUUGAGGCCUAGAUUUUUGUAUUCCCUCCUGAGCAGAGGUCACUCCUCACAGCCUAGUGAACCAAUAGGACCAGUGAUUUUAAGCAGAGCCAACUCUUUGGGGAGUUUUCAGUUUUGUUUUUUUAAUUCUCUUUCCUUAGCAGCAAGGUCUUUAUUCCUGGAGAAUCUCCUCUAUUGCAGGCUAACUGCAACUUCAGGAGCCCUAACCGAUUAAGUGCUGUCAGCUUGAUGCGCUACUCCGGACUCUGGAAACAGAUAUUGGUUCUAUGCUGUAAUUGCCACUGUGUGUAGUUAAAACAACAGUCGAGGCCAGACCUGUUGGCUGGCUAGCCCUGUAUAACUCGACUCUGUAUGUUCCCAUGUAUGUUACCGCAAUGCUCCUCCUGUUGUACAGUGUCUGUGAGAUGCUCUUUGAAGAUGGUACUUUUUAUUUUUUUCAUAUUCAAUAAAAGUACAUUACCUCCCACUUCCUGGUAUUUAAUCCUGUUGCUGAAUGUGCCUCGUGUGAGUGUGUGCUCCGGCGUUGCAGGACCUCAGAGCUGGAGGUGGCACUCGGUGGUUCUUGGGGGCUGCUGCCUUCCCUCCCUGCAGGUGGUGUUAGACAUGUGCUACCUGAGGUAACAUGUUUUUGUUUUUGGGAGGGAGCGGGGAGUGUGGGAGGGCCCUGGGGAGGGUCUCUGGAUUUUGAAUAGUCAGCUUUGUUUGCUCUCUUCUGUACUAUUAAACUGCUGAUGUUUAUUUUCAGGAAUGUUUUGCAAAUGCACUUCUCACUCUUCCCCAGUCCAACUGCCUUCGUGGUGAAACACCUCCUGGAGUACACCCAGGACACAGAGUCUAACCUCCAGUACAGCUUGCUGUUAGUCCUGGGCCUCCUCCUGACAGAAAUCGUGCGUUCUUGGUCGCUUGCGCUGACGUGGGCAUUGAAUUACCGAACUGGGGUCCGCUUGCGGGGGGCCAUCCUGACCAUGGCGUUUAAGAAGAUCCUUAAGCUGAAGAACAUUAAGGAGAAGUCCGUGGGUGAGCUCAUCAACCUGUGCUCCAACGACGGACAGAGGAUGUUCGAGGCAGCUGCCGUUGGCAGCCUGUUGGCUGGAGGACCUGUUAUUGCCAUCUUGGGCAUGAUUUAUAAUGUCAUUAUUCUGGGACCAACAGGCUUCCUGGGAUCGGCUGUUUUUAUCCUCUUUUAUCCUGCAAUGAUGUUUGUAUCACGGAUCACUGCAUAUUUCAGGAGAAAAUGUGUGACCAUCACAGACGACCGUGUCCAGAAGAUGAAUGAAGUCCUUACCUACAUUAAAUUUAUUAAAAUGUAUGCCUGGGUCAAAGCAUUCUCUCAGAGUGUACAAAAAAUCCGAGAGGAGGAACGUCGGAUGUUGGAAAAAGCCGGGUACUUUCAGAGCAUCACCGUCGGUGUGGCUCCCAUUGUGAUGGUGAUCGCCAGUGUUGUGACCUUCUCUGUUCACAUGACCCUUGGCUUUGAUCUGACAGCAGCACAGGCUUUCACAGUGGUGACUGUCUUCAAUUCCAUGACUUUUGCUUUGAAAGUUACACCGUUCUCAGUAAAGUCCCUCUCAGAAGCAUCCGUUGCUGUCGACAGAUUUAAGAGUUUGUUUCUAAUGGAAGAGGUUCACAUGAUACAGAAAAAACCAGCCAGCCCUCACAUCACGAUAGAGAUGAAAAAUGCCACCUUGGCAUGGGACUCCUCCCACUCCAGUCUCCAGAACUCACCCAAGCUGACCCCCAAAACGAAAAAAGACAAGAGGGCUGCCAGGGGCAAGAAAGAGAAGGUGAGGCAGCUGCAGCCCACUGAGCAUCAGGCGGUGCUGGCAGAGCAGAAGGGCCACCUCCUGCUGGACAGUGAUGAGCGGCCCAGUCCUGAGGAGGAAGAGGGCAAGCACACCCACCUGGGGAACCUCCGCCUGCAGAGGACGCUGUACAACAUCGACUUGGAAAUUGAAGAGGGUAAACUGGUUGGAAUCUGUGGCAGUGUGGGAAGUGGAAAAACCUCUCUCAUUUCAUCCAUUUUAGGCCAGAUGUCACUUCUAGAGGGCAGCAUUGCAGUCGAUGGAACCUUCGCUUAUGUGGCGCAGCAGGCCUGGAUCCUCAAUGCCACUCUGAGAGACAACAUCCUCUUUGGGAAGGAAUUUGAUGAAGAAAGAUACAACUCUGUGCUGAACAGCUGCUGCCUGAGGCCUGACCUGGCUAUCCUUCCCAACAGUGACCUGACGGAGAUUGGCGAGCGCGGAGCCAACCUGAGUGGUGGGCAGCGCCAGAGGAUCAGCCUCGCCCGGGCCUUGUAUAGUGACCGAGACAUCUACAUCCUGGAUGACCCCCUCAGUGCCUUAGAUGCCCAUGUGGGCAACCACAUCUUCAACAGUGCUAUCCAGAAGCACCUCAAGUCGAAGACGGUUCUGUUCAUUACCCACCAGUUACAGUACCUGGCUGACUGUGAUGAAGUGAUCUUCAUGAAAGAGGGCUGUAUUACAGAAAGAGGCACCCACGAGGAACUGAUGAAUCUAAAUGGUGAUUAUGCUACCAUUUUUAAUAACCUGUUGCUGGGAGAGACACCCCCAGUUGAGAUUAAUUCUAAAAAGGAAACCAGUGGUUCACAGAAGAAAACACAAGACAAGUGUCCUAAAACAGGGUCAGUAAAGAAGGAGAAAGCAGUGAAGCCAGAGGAAGGGCAGCUUGUGCAAAUGGAAGAGAAGGGGCAGGGUUCCGUGCCCUGGUCAGUAUAUGGUGUCUACAUCCAGGCUGCUGGGGGCCCCUUGGCAUUCCUGGUCAUUCUGUCCCUUUUCAUGCUGAACGUGGGCAGUACCGCCUUUAGCAACUGGUGGUUGAGUUACUGGAUCAAGCAAGGAAGUGGGAACACCACGGUGGCUCAGGAAAACAGGACAUCUGUGAGCAGCAGCAUGAAGGACAAUCCUCUCAUGCAGUACUAUGCCAGCAUCUACGCCCUCUCCAUGGCAGUCAUGCUGAUCCUGAAAGCCAUUCGCGGAGUGGUCUUUGUCAAGGGCACAUUGCGAGCCUCCUCCCGGCUCCACGACGAGCUUUUCCGAAGGAUCCUUCGAAGCCCUAUGAAGUUUUUUGACACUACCCCCACUGGGAGGAUUCUCAACAGGUUUUCCAAAGACAUGGAUGAAGUCGAUGUGCGCCUGCCGUUCCAGGCUGAGAUGUUCAUCCAGAACGUCAUCCUUGUGUUCUUCUGUGUUGGAAUGAUCGCGGGAGUUUUCCCAUGGUUCCUUGUGGCAGUGGGGCCCCUCAUCAUCCUCUUUUCAAUUCUGCACAUUGUCUCCAGGGUUCUGAUCCGAGAGCUGAAGCGUCUGGACAAUAUCACGCAGUCACCUUUCCUCUCCCACAUCACAUCCAGCAUACAGGGCCUUGCCACCAUCCAUGCCUACAACAAAGGGCAGGAAUUUCUGCACAGGUACCAGGAGCUACUGGAUAACAACCAGAGACCCUUCUUCUUGUUCACGUGUGCGAUGCGGUGGCUGGCAGUGCGGCUAGACCUGAUCAGCAUUGCCCUGAUCACCACCACCGGGCUGAUGAUUGUUCUCAUGCAUGGGCAGAUUCCCCCGGCCUACGCGGGGCUUGCCAUCUCCUAUGCUGUCCAGUUAACAGGACUGUUCCAGUUUACUGUCAGACUGGCAUCUGAGACAGAAGCUCGCUUCACCUCAGUUGAGAGGAUCAACCACUACAUCAAGACUCUUUCCUUGGAAGCACCUGCCAGAAUUAAGAACAAGUCUCCCUCCUCUGACUGGCCACAGGAAGGAGAGGUCACCUUUGAGAAUGCAGAGAUGAGGUACCAAGAAAAUCUCCCCCUGGUCUUGAAGAAAGUGUCCUUCACCAUCAAACCUAAGGAGAAGAUUGGCAUCGUGGGACGGACAGGAUCGGGGAAGUCCUCUCUGGGCAUGGCCCUCUUCCGUCUGGUGGAGUUAUCUGGAGGCUGUAUCAAGAUCGACGGAGUGAGAAUCAGUGAUAUCGGCCUUGCUGACCUCCGGAGCAAACUCUCCAUCAUUCCCCAAGAGCCGGUGCUCUUCAGCGGCACUGUCAGGUCCAAUUUGGAUCCCUUCAACCAGUACACUGAAGACCAGAUCUGGGAUGCCCUAGAAAGGACACACAUGAAAGAAUGUAUUGCUCAGCUACCUCUGAAACUUGAAUCUGAAGUGAUGGAGAAUGGGGAUAACUUCUCAGUGGGGGAACGGCAGCUCUUGUGCAUAGCUAGAGCCUUGCUCCGUCACUGUAAGAUUUUGAUUCUAGAUGAAGCCACAGCUGCCAUGGACACGGAGACAGACUUGCUGAUCCAAGAGACCAUCCGAGAAGCAUUUGCCGACUGCACCAUGCUGACGAUUGCCCAUCGUCUACAUACAGUCCUGGGCUCUGAUAGGAUUAUGGUGCUGGCCCAGGGGCAGGUGGUGGAGUUCGACACCCCAUCGGUCCUUCUGUCCAAUGACAGCUCCCGGUUCUAUGCCAUGUUUGCUGCUGCAGAGAACAAGAUCGCCGUCAAGGGCUAACUCCUCCCGCCGCUGCCCAAGUCUCUUUUCUUUGGAGCAUUGCCAUUCCCUGCCUGGGGCGGGCCCCUCAUCGUGUCCUCCUGCCGAAACCUUGCCUUUCCCGAUUUUAUCUUUAGCACAGCAAUUCAGGAUUGGCUUGUGUGUUUCACUUUUAGGGAGAGUCAUAUUUUGAUUAUUGUAUUUAUUCCAUAUUCAUGUAAACAAAAUUUAGUUUUUGUUCUUAAUUGCACUCUAAAAGGUUCAGGGAACCGUUAUUAUAUAUGUAUCAGAGGCCUAUAAUGAAGCUUUAUACGUGUAGCUAUAUCUAUAUAUAAUUCUGUACAUAGCCUAUAUUUCCAGUGAAAAUGUAAGCCGUUUAUUUUAUAUUAAAAUAAGCACUGUGCUAAGAACAGUGCAGAUUCCUUUCUAUCAUUUUUGUACAGUUUGCUGCACUAGGAUCUGGUUUCACUAUUAGACUAUAGGAAGGGUAGCAUAUGUUCUUCCCCAGCUGGUUGUUUCAUGGUGCCGGGUUUUCUGGGUGUCCAAAAGGAAGGCGUGUGGCAAUAGCGGGCCCUCCAGUGGGCCCCCUGCCGCCUCCCCAGCAGCCACUCCAGGGCGGGGUGGAGCGGGGGCCACUGGAGGCCACGCAGAGCACCGUGAAUUCUCAGGGCUCCUGCUUUCUGUCCUGUUGUCACUUCACUGUUUCUGUCGGGAGAGCAGUGGGGCAAAGUCCCAGACCCCUCUUCGUUCCCUCCGUCGGAAAUGAGAAUCGCCGAGACGUUCCUCGGUGAGGGGGGAGUGUCCUUCCUGCUUUCCUCCUUUUCUCUGCUGUUUCUCAACAAGCAUCAAGUCUGUUCCAAGUGUCCCACUGCCUCAGGUUCCUAACGCUGGCCACCGCACAGCGCUCUCCGGCUCCUCAACCCAUCGGUCCAAACCCUGGAGCCCACUGCUGCUUUUCCCGGUGGUACUUCUUCAUUUGCCUUCAUUUGCCCCACGAGCCCACAGUUCAGUGACAGGGUUCAGGAUUUUGUGGGUCUUUUCCCCUUUCUCCCUGUGGUCGCUGCAGAGUCUCUUCCUCUCUCCAAAGUCUGCGACUUUAAGCAGCUCUUGCUCAUCAGUGUCUCACACUGGUGUAGAAGUUUUUUGUACUGUAAAGAGACCUACCUCAGGUUCUGAGUGCCGUGUGGUUCGGUGUGUUCCCACAAACCCCGUUUGUGCUCUGGGGCCAGUAGCUCAGGUGGGCGUGGUCGCUGCUGUCAUCCGUCCAAUGGUCAGCGUUGCAUGUCGUGACCAACUAGACAUUCUGUCGCCUUAGCAUGUUUGCUGAACACCUUGUGGAGGCAAAAAUCUGAAAAAGUGAAUAAAAUUAUUUUGGAUUUUCUAAAA